AUGAAUCAAGAACGUCCUGAUACACGAAAAAUUUCACCUCAAGGCGUACAUCCUAUUACGAUUGAAGAACCACCUGAUCGUAAACUUGAGCACUACAACAAGAUUUUUCUUGGAUGCUCCAACAACCCAGACUCAUAUCCCAACUACACUAUCAGGGAUAACAAACUUUACCGCUGCAUCCAUUCUCCCGAUCGUCUAAACGAUGACUUUGUUUGGAAAGAAGUUCCACUACCUCAAGAUAGACAUGCAAUUAUUGAAGUUAACCAUGGUUCCCCUUCAGAACUCCAUCUUGGUAUCUUCAAGACAUUGAAGAAAAUAUCUUUAAAAUACUAUUGGCCUGGUAUGUUUAAGGAUAUUGCCAAUUUAAUCUCAACUUGUGAAACCUGCUUAACCUACAAACACCCUAAUCAUUCUCCCUAUGGUCUUAUGGGUAAACCUAAACUUUGCUCCAGACCUUUUCAAACUAUAUCCUUAGAUCUUAUGGGUCCAUUGCCUAUGUCUCGAAGACGAAAUCAGUAUAUUCUAGUAAUUAACUGCAAUUUUACUAAAUAUACUAUGAUUUUUCCCCUUAAACGUGCUACUUCAGCUAAUAUUAUUAAUGUUUUGGAAAAUUCAGUUUUUCUAGUUCAUGGCAUUCCCCAAACUAUUAUAAUGGACAAUGCUGUUCAAUUUCAGUCGCGAGAAUUCCACUCAUUCUUAAAUUCUUAUAACGUUCCUUUUAUUUUUCACACAGCUUUAUAUUGUCCUCAGGUUAAUCCUACGGAGAAGUUUAAUAGUACAAUUAUUACAGCUCUAGCAUCUCUAGUAGGAGACGAUCAUAGAUCAUGGGACAACCAUCUUACUAAAAUUCAGUACGCAAUGAACAGCGCUACAAAUGUAGCUACUGGCUUUACUCCAAACUUUUUAGUCUUUGGUAGGGAAACAAUACCUUGUGGUUCCUUCUAUACUCCAACUCAGAACCUCGAGGAAUUAAUAUUUAUGCCUCGUGAUAUUUACGCGUCUAAUGCUGGUCUCCUCUCAUCUAUCUUUCACAAAGUUUAA